AGAGGUGGUGUAAUUUCUACUGGUAGCCCAUGUCCGAUAUGUAGGGAUGAAUAUCUAAUUCUUGAUUACCGCAAUAUUGAUUUGUUAAAACAAUUUAUUUCUGAACAUAGUGGAGAAAUUUUAAGUUACAAUUAUACUGGUAUAUGUCAAAAGGCUUAUAAAGAUCUAUGUGUAGCAAUAACGAAAGCGAAAGAAUAUGGUUUACUUUCAUAUGAUGUUCCCUUUAGAUAUUAUGAUUACUCAGAAUGGAAAAAUUAAUGUAUUAAUCUUUAACUUGUAAUUAUAAGAAUUUGCAUUUAAAAAGUAAAACAUGCAAAAUGGAUAAAGAAGAAAUAAACUGUACGUUUGCAAUAGUAGGUGGAGGUAUAGCAGGAGUAUCCUGUGCUAAAAGUAUAGCCUUUCUUGUUCCAGAGGAAAAAAUCAUCCUAAUUACAGCAAGUCCCUUAAUAAAAGCAGUUACAAAUAUAGUUCCACUUAGUAAAACAUUAAUGCAGUUUGAUAUAGAAGAAAAGGACGCAGCAGUUUUGAUGGAAGCACAUGAUUCAUUAAAAAUUAUUAAUGAUUUUGUAAUACAAAUAGAUAGCUUAAAUAAACAAGUGCAAACUAGAAAUGGAAGAAUUAUAAACUAUAAAAUGUUAUGUCUUUGUAAUGGUGCUAGACCAAAACUGAUAGAAGAACAUAAUAAUUUUAUACUAGGGAUAAGAGAUACAGAAUCAGUUCUCCAAUUUUCUCAAAAAAUAAAAAAUUCAAGAAGAAUUGUAAUAGUUGGAAAUGGAGGUAUUGCUACUGAACUUGUGAAUGAAGUAGAUGGUGUUGAAAUGAUAUGGGUAAUUAAAGAUAAACAUAUUUCUGCAACAUUUGUUGAUCCUGGGGCUGCAGAAUUUUUUAUGGAUAAGGUAUACAAAACUGAUCCAUGUACAAAUACUAAUGCUAGUUCAUUAACUAAAAGAAUGAGGUACACUGUCUCUAAUACAUCAGUUGUAACAGGUGGACCAGCUCUAGGUCCAGAUUGGCAUAAUAAUUUUGAUGUAAAAGGUACUUUCCUUAAAUCUGCAAAAGUACAAAUAGAAUAUGAAUGUGAGAUCAUUAAAAUUCUUAGUAAAUCAGAACAAAAGGAAGUUGAUCCCAUGGAAGAAUGGUCCAUAUAUGUUGAAUUAACAAAUGGAAAAAUUAUUGGCUGUGACUUUGUUGUAUCAGCAACAGGUGUAAUACCAAAUUCUGAUAUAGUAGGUUUGGAGGAUAUAAAAAAAAGUGAAGAUGGGGGGCUGCUGGUAGAUUGGAAAUUGGAAACUUCAAAACAAGAUAUAUAUGCCGCUGGAGAUGUGUGUAGUGCAGGGUGGGAAUUAGCAAAACAUUGGUUUCAAAUGAGGCUGUGGACUCAAGCACAUCAAAUGGGACGGUAUGCGGCAAAAUCAAUGGUUUCUAAAUUAAAAAAUGAAGAAUUUUUGCAAGAUUUCUGUUUUGAACUUUUCACCCACGUAACUAAGUUUUUUGGUUACAAAGUGGUUUUACUUGGUUUGUAUAAUGGACAAAAGUUGGAUAACAAUUAUGAGAUAUUGUUACGAAUGACCCAGGGAACAGAAUACAUAAAACUUAUCCUAGAAAAUGGUAAAAUGCAAGGAGCGGUAUUAAUUGGAGACACUGAUUUAGAAGAAAUGUGCGAAAACUUAAUACUUAAUCAAUUGGAUUUAAGUAUUUAUGGAGAAGAUUUACUAAAUCCUGAUAUUGAUAUUGAAGAUUAUUUUGAUUAACCGUAUCUAGGAAUUCAACUUAACAAUAGAUCUAUAUGAUCGCGAGGAAAGCCCGUGAAGAACAUGCACUCGUGAGAGGUAGAUAGGAGAAGGGAACAAAAACAAAGUAAAAUAGUUUCCUCCAACAUAAUUCAUAAGCGUCAAGCUGAAAAACGAGCACAGAAGGGAAAAAGAGGAACAAAAGUGAAAAACAGAAACAAGACCAACAACCGCA